CGGCGACAAGGGCAGGUGAAGUGCGGAGAUGCCCGAGUUCGUCAGCGUCGGGGGCCGGCUCUAUAGCAUGAGCAAUACAGAUGGAAAAGCCCCUGCGCUCCGGGUCGGCGGCAUUCACAGACGGAGGAAGGAAAUGGAGCUGUGGAAGAUGUGGUUCUCAUUUCUGAUUGUCGCUCUGUGUGCAACGGGCUGUCAGGGCAAUUACUGCACUGCCAGUCGAUCAAAAACCUGCACUGAAUGUAUCAGAGUGGCUGCGGACUGUUCGUACUGUGCUGACAAGGAUUUCAAGUUCCCGAGGUGUGACCUGCAGAGCAGCCUGAAAUCCAUUUGUACUAACAUUGUCACUAUGAAAUCCAGCAUGAAGAUACAGCAAGCCAUUAAGAUUGAUACAAGCCAAAAACGCACCCAGAUCUCACCACAGCGAGUGUCCAUGACCCUAAGGGCAGGAGAGGAAAGGACCUUGGACUUUGAAGUGUUCCAGCCACAGGAAGCUCCAGUUGACCUCUAUUUCCUCAUGGACUUCUCCAACUCCAUGGAGGAUGAUUUGGACAAUUUGAAGAAACUGGGUCUCCAGUUGGCUGAUGUGGUGAAGAACAUGUCAAAUGACUACACCAUCGGCUUUGGGAAAUUUGUAGACAAAGUGACUGUUCCACAGACAGAUAUGAGGCCAUCGAGGCUUAGACAACCUUGGCCCAACAGUGAUGCACCAUUCUCCUUCAAGAAUGUCAUUAGCCUGACGGACAAUGCCAGCUAUUUCACCCAGCAGCUGGAGAAGGAGAGAAUCUCGGGCAACGUAGAUGCACCCGAAGGUGGAUUUGAUGCAAUUCUUCAGGUUGCAGUCUGUGAGAAUUUCAUUGGCUGGAGGGGUGAGAGUACUCACCUGUUGGUCUUCUCCACUGAAUCUGCCUUCCAUUAUGAAGCUGACGGCUCCAAUGUGCUGUCAGGGAUCUUGAAGAGGAAUGACGAACAUUGCCAUUUAGAUACCGCUGGCACUUACACGCAGGACACCGAACAAGAUUAUCCCUCCAUUCCAACCCUGAUACGCCUUCUUGGAAAACAAAGCAUUAUUCCUAUCUUUGCUGUUACUAACUAUUCGUAUUCUUACUAUGAGAAAUUGAGCAAGUAUUUUCCAGUGUCUUAUAUUGGACGGCUGCAGGAAGACUCAUCCAAUAUCCUCGAGCUGUUACACAAUGCAUUUGAGAACAUCCAGUCAAAAAUGGAAAUCCGGGCUGAGAAUGUCCCCAAAUCGAUGAAAGCCACCGUGACUUCAUUAUCGUCAACAAAAACAGAGAGUGACUCUUCCACCUUCAUUGUCACUUCAGGAGAAGUGAACAAGUUCCGGCUCAGUCUGAGAACUUUGGACAAUAAAAAUGAUGCUCAUCUGUGUAAAUCUGACCACGACACCCAGAGUAGAGAAAUAAAGAUCAAACCCAGCACUUCUGCAGACUCUCUGUUGGUGAAAGCCUCCCUCAUCUGUGAUCAGUGUCCCUGUGACCAGAAUCCUGAGAUUAGAUCUUCCAAAUGCAAUUACAAUGGUGAUUUCCGUUGUGGGGAAUGCCUGUGCAACGAGAGAUGGCAGGGCCGUUACUGUGACUGUGAAAAGUCCUCUGAGGAAAAUAAGAAGGUCUGUACAGAUCCCAGACUCAACAUCACUGAAAACUGCUCGGGCCGCGGGGACUGCCAGUGUGGCGUCUGUUACUGCCACCCCUCAGACAACCACCUGGAGCAGUUUGAUGGGAAGUACUGUCAGUUCAGCAGCCUGUUGUGCCCCCGCUUCGCUGGCUUCACCUGUAAUGAUCGUGGUAGAUGUUUUGAGCAGACUUGUCAAUGUGACUCUGGGUGGACAGGUCGCUCGUGUGAAUGUCCCAUCAGUAAUGCUACCUGCAUCGAUCCAAACGGGAGGCUGUGUAACGACAAGGGCAAAUGUGACUGUGGACGAUGCAAGUGUCACGAUGAAAGCACAGACCUCACCUGUGGCAGCACCACCUACCUGCAAGUUCUGGGGCUGUGUGAGGAUACUCGGAGCUGUGUCCAGUGCUGGGCCUGGAACACCGGUGAGAAGAAGGGACAGAACUGCCAGGCGUGUACCGAUGAUUACGUGCUGGUGGACGAGCUGAAAUCAGAUGAGCUAGUGACAGAGAGCUGCCACUUCCGGGAUGAGGAUGACGACUGCACGUACUACUACACAGUGGUGAGACGGCCAAGUCAUAACACAAGCCACAUCCAGGUGCGCAAGAAGAAAGACUGCCCGCCUGGAGGGUUCCUCUGGCUGAUUCCACUCAUCAUUUUCCUCAUGCUGUUGCUGGGCCUGCUGCUGCUUCUGUGCUGGAAGUACUGCGCCUUUUGUCGGGCUUGCUGUGCGAAGCUACCUUGCUGUGCCAUGUUGCCGUGUUGUGCACAAGGUACCAUGGUUGGGUUUAAGGAAGACCACUAUAUGCUCCGUCAAAGCAAGCUCACGUCUAACUACCUGCACACGCCAAUGCAGCGGACAAACAAGCUGGACGGCACGGACAUUGUCCGGUGGAAGGUGACCGACAAUGUCCACAAGGGGGCCAAAGUGCACUCCCAACUGCUCAGCCCCAAGGAUACUGUUCUGUACAACCUGACCCUACGAGCUGCCCGAGUGUUCAAUCAUGAGUUGAAAAACUCAGACUCGAGGGAUUCAGAACAGUUGCGGCGUAUGGUGGAUGAAAAUCUUGGUGAAGUGUAUAAACGGAUUCCUGGAACUCAGGCAGUCCGUAAUACUACAUUCAGGACUGAGUCUGAUGGUGGAAAGAGAUCAGACCUUACUAUUAUUGACACUCAGCUGCCAGCCCCCCGCGCCGCAGAACCAGAGAUUGUGAAACUAACUGAGCAUCAGGUUACCAUGGGCAUCUUCAACGAUCUGAAAGUCACCCCCGGCUAUUACACAGUGGCAUCUGAUCGAGAUGCCCAUGGACAGGUGGAAUUCCUGGAAGGGGUGGACUUAGUCAACGUGCGUGUUCCACUCUUCGUGAAGGAUGAAGAUGAUGAAGAGAAGCAGUUACUGGUGGAGGCCGUGGAUGUUCCUCUGGGAAAUGCAGAGAUCGGCAAACGAUUUGUGGACAUCACUAUCAUUAAAGAAUCUGCCAAAAGCAUCAUCACCUUCCUGCAACCAUCCUACACCUACCAGCGGCAGGACAAAGUGGCCAAAAUUCCCCUCGUCCGCGAGAUCAUUGAGGAUGGCCGGACACAGGUCUCCUACAAGACACGAGACCUCACCGCCAAGGAUGGCAAGGAUUAUAUAUCAACUGAAAAUGAGCUGACGUUCCUUCCCGGUGAGACCCACAAGGAGAUUCCUGUCAAACUCCUGGAGCAGAAUGAAAUGGACUCCCUCCUGGGGAAUGAGCAGAUUAAACAGUUCCUUUUGGAGCUGUACAGACCCCGAAAUGGUGCUAAACUUGGCAAGAUACCCCGCACCACUGUCACCAUUGGCGACGAGAGUGCAAAGCAGAUGGGUCUUGAACAGUCUAUGUUCUCUAUCAAUUCGCCACCUCUGAACAUGAAAGCUCAGCCAAUUGAUAGCAGGAGAAUCCAGGUGAAUUGGAGUCCGGCCCUGGGUGACGUGUCGGGGUACAAGCUGAAGUACUGGCCUGAAGACGACGAAUUCUCUUCACAAACAAUCGACACAAAGAACAGCUUUGCAGAGCUUACCAACCUACAGCCCGGUUGUGACUACGCUAUGGAGGUGGCGGCCUACAACUCGCUGGGCGCUGGUCCCUGCUCCAACAUUGUCCGCUGCUGCACCCUAGACAGCGCAAGUGAACAAAUUCAUCUCAAGCAAGGUGCUGUCUCCAUUAACUCCGCACCUUCUAAUGUCAACGCACAGCCAGUUGACAGCAGGAAAAUCCACUUGAAUUGGACCCCUCCACCAGGCCAACCAACUGGUUACAAGGUGACCUACUGGAUCGAAGGGGAUGAGAUCUCUUAUCAGGACAUAACCACAACGGUACCCUCUGCAGAGCUCACUGGUUUAUACCCGUACUGCGACUACGAGAUGAACGUCUUCGCCUACAAUGCUGUGGGUGCCGGACCCCGCUCCGAGACGGUCAGCUGUCGCACUCUGGAAGAUUUACCCAAUGAGCCGGGACGGUUGGCAUUCAACGUCAUUUCGCCCACGGUGACACAGCUGAGCUGGGCUGAACCAUCGGAGACCAAUGGAGAGAUUUUGGAGUAUGAGGUGACCUACACGGUGGUGACCGAUGAAAACAAGCCCAUUGGACCCAAGAAGACGGUGAAGAUCAAUAAGCCAAAGAAGAGGACAGUGAUGAUAGAGAACCUGAAGGAAGAACAACCGUAUCGAUACACAGUUCGGGCCAGGAAUGGAGCUGGCUGGGGACCUACCCGCGAAGCCACCAUGAACCUGUCAACCCAACCAAAGCGACCGAUGUCCAUUCCCAUCAUCCCAGAUAUCCCCAUCAUUGAUGCCGAGGCACACGAUGAGUAUGAGAACUUCCUGAUGUACAGCCAGGAUGUCAUGCGGUCACCGAGGCCCAGCGUUUCAGAAGACACAGAGGUGCAGAUGGACGGGAAGUGGGAGAUGAACUCAAUGUUUGCCAGAGGUGUCCACAGUGUUAUUAAUCAAAACACCAGCAUUCUCAACCAGCAGUUCACCAGGACGAUGGGUGAAUCCUCCAUGCUGUCAGAGACCUACGCCACCAUGACUUCAGGACAGGGAGCACCAGUUCAUGGAAUGAGGGGAAUUAACUACACAGUCACACAACAGAUGACCGGUGGCAGGAGCCGCAUUGGAUCCGAGGAUGUGAACAGUGCUCUUGAGAACCUCGAGAUGGUUCUGCAUGAAAGCCGCUCUCCUGGGGUCCCGAGCACUCCCACCCGCCUGGUCUUCUCUGCGCUGGGAGCCACCUCGCUGAAGGUCAGCUGGCAGAAGCCUCAGUGCGAGCAGGAAAUCCUGGCCUAUCGUGUCACCUAUCAACCCCUGGCUGGAGGUCAGUACCACCACCGCACGAGCUCCCCAGGUGAGAUGAAAACGGUUGAGAUCUCGGACCCAAAUCAAAACUCGUUGAUUAUCAAUGACCUUCUUCCCAACCACUCCUACAUGUUCAAGGUCAAGGCUCUGAGUGAAAAAGGCUGGGGUCCAGACCGCGAAGGAGUCAUCACCAUUGAAUCCAAAGUGGAUCCCAUGAGUCCCCUCAGCCCAGUCCCAGGUUCACCAUUCACACUGAGCACACCCAGUGCACCCGGACCUCUAGUGUUCACUGCGGUCAACUCGGAGCUGCUGAAGCUGAGCUGGGAGAAACCCCGUAAACCAAACGGGGACAUUCUGGGUUACCUGGUGACCUGUGAACCACUGGAUGGCAAAGAUGAGACCAAGACAUACCAAGUGGAAGGGGAUGAUGCAGAGAUGACUUUAAUGGUGCCCCACCUCAGAGAGAAUAUCCCGUACAAGUUCAAGGUUCAGGCAAAGACGACGCAAGGUUUUGGCCCGGAACGUGAAGGGAUCAUCACCAUCGAGUCUCAGGAUGGAGCGAGUGUUUCCAAGUUCAACAAACAGAUGGUGAUGAGACAUGAAGGCUUCACCAUUCCUGGGACCAUGGGGACUGAGACCAGCCUGCUGGAGUCCAGCAUUGACCCCUUCUUCUCAGAUGGAAUGACUGUAACGACACAAAGGAUGGAGGGCGGGACCUCCAUCACACAGCAAGUCACUCGGACCAUGAUGACCAGUGGAACAGUCACCAAACAAGUGGAGAGGAAGUUCUACGAGGCCUGAUUAUGACGAGCCCACUACAAAGUCCUGAUCUUUGGACUCAAUAUUAAACCACACCAAUGAACAACCUCUGAAGCCACCUUGAACUCUGCUCGUCAGCAUCUUAAAUAAGGGAGCACCUUUAAAGUGAACAAUUGCUAUGGACGCUUGUUGUUGUCUGUGUGCGGGAUUGCAAGUCUUGACAGCUCUGUGAUACUUCUUUAAAGUGUUCUGUCUGCCAAAGGUGAACGGAAGACUGUUAUCCCAGCAAUUUCAACAUCCAGUUGCCAAACUUUGAGUCACAGACUCCCUGGAGGAGAUGAACGUGCUGCCCUCUGCAUUCUGAAUGCAAGAGCCUUGUCACGACCAACAGAGGCUUUCCAUCCACUGCUCAUAUGCUUCACCCUUUGGGUCACAUGUAUUGUCAAACUGUGUCUUUGAGCUCACCCUGUUGGUGAUCUACUACUAAUCACUGUAGAAUAUUUAGAAAUGAUGAUUAACACUGGAAACGAGCACAAAGCUUUGAUGCCAACAUGUCAUGGGUGUAUGUUACAUUCUGUUCUGUGUUUUUAUAACUCUUAAUUUCCUUGCCCUCUCCAAGCAUGUGUAUCUCCCAUAUUACAGGCAUUAACACCUAUCCUAAAUGAGGUAGUUGUUCUGUAUUCCUGAGUGUCCCAACUGGGUUCAUUCAAUUGGUUUAAAGAUUAAUUGUUUACGAUGAACCCGUUCCACAUCUGUAAACUCCCUGUUCGAUUAAAAGCUCCUCAUAACUGACAGAACUCAUCUGCUGACCAACUCCAGGUCUGUUAACCUUGAGAACAAACUCCAGGAGCACACUGUCAACCACCUGUCUCCGUACACCGGGCAGUGUUUAUUUCAGUGUAUGGGAGGUGUUGGCACAAGGAAUGCUCAUAGAGGGCAGCGUAUUCCUUCCUUCUUAGAGGGAACUUACACUGUCCUGUCCUCGUUCCCUGUUACUCCUUCUCAUCACACUUUCCAGUUUGUGUGUGCAGCCCAAAAAGAAGUGCUCACCUCGUUACCAGUGAGAGAUUCUGCCCUCUCCACACUGUCAGGCGGUGUCCCAAAUCCCGCCACUCACUGGGGGGAGUAGAACGCAGAUGGAGCCAGGAGGUUCCUGCAGUUUGGAAUCUCACCUGCUGACUUUUGCCAGUUGGACAGUCACUGCUCCUCUGUUCAAGUACCGGUCAGAUGGGGACAAACCAAAUACAUGGUACUAACUGAAAACUUUCUUCUCUGAAGCUAAAAUUUUGCUGCAAUACUAAAGAGGAUUAAGCCAUUUUGAUCAUGUAUAUUUAUUUCUCUGGGCUGAAAUCGUCUUGCAUGCUUUGGAUUUGCAUCUAAUAGUCUUACAGUCUUCCUGGUGCCAGCCCAUACUGACCAAACCCUCCAAAGGUUGAGAUAUACGAGCCUGACAGGCCCCUGUCCAAUCUCAGCUACAACAGUCCCACUAACAUUGUUGCCUUUACAGGAAAUUAAUGGUGGAGUGGUGGCUGCAAAUCAGUUAAUAGUAGAGGUUAGGAGAUAAAGGGAUGAUGCACAGAAAUUAGCUACUGUAUCUUGGAUGCUCACUCUCUCGCUGUAAGCUUGGCUUGUCCAGUAUUUUCCUCCUGCUGACAUCCAUGGAUUUUGUAAUGUAAGAAAAUACUUCCUAUCCAUUUAUAAUAUACAAGUCUC